CAUCGUCGACCAACCACGGCGUCUUACAUCCAUAGGAUUAUAUAUCAUUUGAAUUACCAAAAAUAUCCCUUUUCUUCAACUCUUUUCAAUUUCCUUCCUCCUCUAUUCCUUUUCUUUUUCAUUGUUUCAACUUCCUAAUGCUAAAAGCUAUACAAAUUCUUGGGUGUUCAUCUGGGUUUAUCUCUCAAAGACUAAAGAAGCCUCAUUCCGGUAAUGGGUUUUCUUUAAUUUCCUCAAAAACAAGCUACAACUCAACUCCCAAAUCGCUGUCUUUUAGAGUGAUUCGGAUGUUUUCGACUCCGUCCCAGUCCAACUCAGAUGCCCCUUCUUCCUCUUCUUCUUCCGUUGCAGUUCAUUUAGCUGGCAAUGUCCGUAAGAUCAAGUUCUGCCAGUGGUGUGGCGGCCCAGCAAAGCAUGAAAUUCCUGAUGGAGAAGAGAAGAUAAGAGCUAUUUGCACCCUCUGUGGAAAAAUUGCCUAUCAAAACCCAAAAAUGGUUGUGGGUUGCCUCAUUGAGCAUGAUAGAAAGAUUCUACUAUGCAAGCGAAAUAUUGAACCAUCUUUGGGUCUUUGGACUCUUCCUGCUGGUUACCUGGAAAUUGGGGAGUCUGCUGCUGAAGGGGCAAUAAGGGAAACAUGGGAAGAGGCAGGAGCUGAAGUGGAAGUCAUUUCCCCUUUUGCACAACUGGAUAUUCCCCUUAUUGGACAAACUUAUGUAAUCUUCUUGGCAAAGCUGAAGAAGCCCCAAUUUUCACCAGGACCAGAAUCAUCUGAGUGCUGUCUCUUUGAAGUGGACGACAUUCCCUUUGAUUCUUUGGCAUUUUCUUCCAUUUUUGUUACUUUGAAUUUGUACAUCGAAGAUGUUAAAUCUGGGAAAGUAAAGUUUCACUAUGGCACCAUUAACAAAAGGCUUGGGACUGGCCCAUCAGAUAUCCGUGCCUUUACCCUCGACUAUCACUUGCAGGUUUGAGAUGCGGUUGCCACAUCUUGUGAAGUGAAUAAUAGUGGGGGUAAGGCUAAUGUGCUGAAUUGUUGGGAGUGAAAUCCUUUUACCGUUUCUUUGGCUCUGAGAAAUUGGGUUUAGUCUGGUGCUGUAUCUUCCAUUGAUAUUUGAGUUUUCCAAGUAAUAUCCCUACAAUGUUGAUCUGGAUUAUUGGUGUUAUGAGUUGCCUUUCAUAUACUUAAAUUUCUGUGUUCUUCAUCUCUUAUCGCUCCUAUUCUAAUGAAGUUCCUAUUUGUUAGUUAACAACCAGAUUCUCAGGGUAAAUGUUUUAUUGAAAUUUCCUGCAUUGGUAGACA